GAUAACGCUAAGGCUGAAGAUGAGUAUACACCAGAUGUUACGCAGGGGUCGGAAGUAGAUUCGUACCCUUCUCGGAGUUCGGCCAAUAAUAUCAACGGCGCUAAGUCCAAGAAUAGCCACACUGUCGAUAUGUCCAACCAAGCUCUCAAUACGCAAA